CCUGCUGCUGCUGCUGCUGCUGCUGUGGAAAUCUAAAGGUUGGACCUGGGAGGUGCUAGAUGUUCAUCCUCUGAAAGCAGGAUGGUCAGACGUUGCUGUCCACUCACGCUGCUCCAACUCUUAAGCGUUUUUGCACAAACCAGAGCUCUUACUCAGGAUCUUUUGUACCCAUAUGGACCGGCUCAUCGGGAUCUUGAAACUCCGAAGAUGGAUGACGGGAGUUCAGUUGAAAUUCCUUUGCUCAUUCCCUUCAUUUUCUUCAACGCCCCCUACCGUUCCAUCUAUGUCAACAACAACGGCGUGAUCUCCUUCAACGUUCAGGUUAGCCAGUUCACGCCUGAGGCUUUCCCUCUGAGCGACAGCAGGUCUUUCAUUGCUCCGCUAUGGGCAGAUGUGCACAACGGCAUCCGUGGAGAUGUCUACUACAGAGAGACCACCGAUCCCGUACUGCUGGAGAGGGCGACGCAGGAUGUCCGCAGGCACUUCAAAAACAUGCCCAGCUUCACAGCCACCUGGGUCUUUAUGGCAACGUGGCACCAGGUCACCUUCUACGGAGGGAGUCAGACCACGCCGGUGAACACUUUCCAGACUGUACUGAUCUCAGAUGGUGCAGCUUUCUUCAGCAUGUUCAACUACGGGGAAAUUACAUGGAGCACAGGAACGGCCAGCGGGGGAGAUCCUCUGACGGGACUCGGUGGAACGACGGCUCAGGCAGGUUUUAAUGGAGGCGAUAUCGGUCACUUCUUCAACCUACCGGGAUCCCGGUCAAACGAUGUGGUGAACAUCGAACAGACGACCAACGUAAAUAUUCCUGGACGCUGGUUUUUCCGUGUUGACACCGAACUGAUAGAUCCUGCCAACGGCUGCAGCUACAACGGACGGUAUUACAGACGAGGGGAGAUCUUCUGGAUGUCUGACCAGUGCUCCCAGCGCUGCCGAUGUCUUGAUAUAAAUAACGAGGUUCAGUGCCUGGAGGCCCCAUGUGGACAGUUUGAGAACUGCGAGCAGCAGGAUGGGGCCUUUUACUGCCAGCCUACGCGCACCAGCACCUGCGUGGUAUUUGGAGACCCUCACUAUCACACCUUUGAUGGCUUCCUCUACCACUUCCAAGGCACCUGCUCCUACCUGCUGGCCCGGCCGUGCUGGGAGAUGGUAGGACUGCCCUUCUUCAGCGUGGAGGCCAAAAACGAAAAUCGCGGCGUUACCACGGUGUCCUGGUUACGAGACGUGACGGUGGAGGUCUACGGCCAUAGAGUGAUGAUACCUAAAAGCAGUUUGGGAAAUGUCCAGGUGGACGGCUUGAUGAAGACAUUGCCAGUCCAACUGGAGCUUGGUGCCGUAAAAGUCUACCAGUCUGGAGUUGCUGUUGCUUUAGAAACAGACUUUGGACUGCUGGUGACCUACGACGGCCAGCACUACGCCUCCAUCUCCUUACCAAGCUCCUACUUCAACAACACCUGUGGUCUUUGCGGAAACUACAAUGACGACCCUGCAGACGAUCCCGUGCUUCCGGACGGCUCUCUUGCGGAAAGCGUGGUGGAGUUGGGAGGCAGCUGGCGAGCCGAAGACACCGACUGGAGGUGCACCGAUGGCUGUGCUCAGAACUGCAGCGUUUGCGACCCCGUUACAGAAGCCAUGUACUUUCGCUCGGACUAUUGCGGGCUUAUAAACAAAACCGACGGACCCUUUCGAGACUGCAGAGCGGUGGUGGACCCCACGGCAUUUGUAUAUAGCUGUGUGUAUGAUAUGUGCAGCAACAGAGAUAACAUCACCACGCUGUGCUACGCCAUCCAGGCCUACGCUUUAGCAUGUCAGGCCCUUGGAGUCACAAUACGACCCUGGAGAACGCGCACAUUCUGUGCUAUGUCCUGUCCGGAGUUCAGCCAUUAUGAAGUGUGUACCACUGCGUGUCCGGCCUCCUGCUCGGACCUUACCGCGCCCCUGUACUGCGCUCACCCCUGCACCGAGGGCUGCCAGUGCGAACCCGGCUACGUCCUCAGCAGCAACCGCUGCGUGCAGCAGGACGACUGUGGCUGCGAACACAACGACCUUUAUUACCCGCUCAACCACACGUUCUGGGCCGGCCCCGGCGGGGAGGAAGGCGACUGCUCCCUCCGCUGCACAUGCGGGUUUGCCGGGGAAGUCUCCUGUUUCAAUGAGUCCUGCAAGGAGGGCGAGGUGUGUGUGGCCGAGCUGGGCUUGCUGGGCUGUUACCCUCGGAGGGAGGGAGUUUGCUCGGUCACCCAGAACUCGGUGACAUCCAGCUUUGAUGGCACCUUCCUGCUGUUUCCGGAUGACAGCUCCUACUACUUGCUGAAGCUGUGUGGUCCGGUACCGGCUAACGGGUCAGUGGUGGAGGUGAAGAUUGGCAGGCGGCUCGUGAACAAAGGUCCCACUUGGAAGAGACCUGUGAUAGUAACCGUAGCUAACCUGGAGGCACAGAUGGGUGGUACAGAUUUUGAUACAGUAAAGGUGAAUGGCGAAUCGGUUGUUCUGCCGUUCAUCCAUCCAAUGGAGACCAUGAUGAUAUACAGGGCACCAGGAAAUGCGACCGUGGUGGAGUCCAGAGGUCUGCUCCGUGUCCACUACACCCGCCAGGGAUUCCUGAACAUCUCCCUCUCCACCAUCUUCUACAACGUUACCUGUGGCUUAUGCGGCGUCUUCAACAGCAACGCCACGGACGACCUGCGCCUGCCCAACGGGCGCCUGGCUGAAAAUACCGAACAGUUCACAGAGGGAUGGAAAUCCAUUGCAGAUGACCUUACAUGCAACGGGGACUGCGACGACCUGUAUCGCAUGUGCACAGACCUUCGCCUUUACCAGAGUCCCUGGAUGUGUGGAAACAUCAACGACCCGGGGAACAGCUCCUUCCUGGCCUGCCACUCGGUGGUCAACCCUUCGCCGUUCUUCAGGAACUGCCUGUACAACAUGUGCAUUAGGGAAGGAAACCGGUCGGCCCUUUGCUCCUCUCUGCAGGCUUACGCCACAGCCUGCCAGGAUGCCCAAGUGGCCCUCGCCUCCUGGAGGAGUGCGACCAACUGCCCUCUUCCUUGUCCAGAGAACAGCCAUUUUGAGGAAUGCACCACCGCUUGCCCUUUGACCUGCACCAACCUGGAUGAGCCCGAGGAGCCGUGCCCUCUGCCUUGCCAGGAAGGCUGCCAAUGUGAAGAAGGCUUUGCGAUGCGAGACGGCCUGUGCGUGGCCCGGAGCGACUGCGGCUGCAUGUACCACGGCCACCAGGUGGCCACCAACCAGACUUUCUGGACUGACUGGGAAUGCCAGGAGCGCUGCUACUGCAACGGCUCCGACAACAGCGUGUACUGUCAGCUCGCACCCUGCCACCCCGAGGAGUACUGCCAGGAGAACGACGGCCUGUACUUCUGCCAGCCACGCACCGAGGCCCUGUGUGUGGCCGCAGGUUACGGCCAUUUUCAGGCAUUCACCGGCGUGCCGUUUGAGCUUCAGAGCUCCUGUACUCUCAAGAUGGCCACCACCGUUUGUAGGCGCAGAGAGCCGGCGGGGACAAGUGGAGUUUUUCCUCGGUUUAAACUGGCGGUUCGCAAUGAGGAACGAGACACAGGGCAGGCCAUCUGGGUGAGGGGCUUCAUGCUGGAGGUCUACGAAUACGAGGUGGAGGUUUCUCGAAGCUACAAAAACACUGUAACUGUCAACAAGGAGCGGCUGUUCCUUCCCUUGAAGCUGGGCCCGGGGAAGGUCAACAUCACUUCCUUGGGGAUGCUGCUUGUUCUGGAAACGGAUUUCGGCCUGAAGGUGUCGUAUGACUGGAACACGCUCCUCCUUUUGACUUUACCGAGAGACCUCUACAACGCCUCCUGCGGCCUCUGCCAGGGUGUGCCCUUCUCCCCGCCCACGCUGAGCUCCACGGACUGGGCCAUGACCUGGGCGGAGAGGGACACCUUCUGCCAGGUGGGCUGCGGCGACUCCUGUCCACGCUGCGGGCUCGGGGAGAAGAGCAUGCCCAACAGCGCCCCCCUCAUGGUGGGCGACUCCAGCAUGAUUAGCGACAACGAGGACGAGCCGAACGGAGUCGCCACCGGCAUACGCUUCCAUGUCGGGGACGGACUCUACGUGUUCGUGGAGCCGGAGGCCGUCAGGCUGUGUGGGCUGAUUGUGGACCGGGGAGGCGCGUUUGCACGCUGUCACAGCAAGGUGGCGCCGGCGUUCUUUUAUCAGAGCUGCCUGCAGGACACUUGUUUGGAUCAAGGAGCUCUGGAUACGAUCUGUAACUGGCUGCAGAUCUACGCCAGCACCUGCCAGAUCCAGGGUGUGCCUUUAACUGGCUGGAGGAGUGACACGCCGUGUGUCCAGAGCUGUCCUCCGAACAGCCAUUACUCCAGCUGCAUGUCGGUGUGCCCGCCCCAGUGCGCCCCCGCCCGCGGCCAGCGGGACUGCAGCCAGGACUGCGUGGAGGGCUGCCAGUGCGACCUGGGCUACGUGCUCAACGGCAAGAGCUGCAUCCUGUCCCAGAACUGCGGCUGCUACACCGACGGAAAAUACUACGAGCCCAAACAGCUGUUCUGGAACAACGACUGCACCAAGCGCUGCCAGUGCAUCGGGCGGAACCUGAUCCAGUGCGACCCGCGGCGCUGCAAGGCGGAGGAAGAGUGCACUCUGCGAUUCGGGGUCCGGGGCUGCUUCGCGCGGCGCUCUCAGCACUGCGUGGCAUCGGGUGGCGGCGUCUUCAGGACCUUCGACGGGGCGUCGCUGCGUCUCCCGGCCUCCUGCUCCUUCGUCCUGUCCACAAACUGCCGCAAGCUGCCCGACCUCUCCUUCCAGCUCAUCGCUAACUUCGAUAAAUGGAGCACGCCCAACCUCACCACCAUCUCUCAUGUCUACCUCUACAUAAACGAGGAGAACAUACUGAUCUCUGGCAGCACCGUCAAGGUGAACGGGACGCCCGUGUCCGUCCCGUUCCUAACGGGCCUGAUGACGCGUCUGUCCACGUCUGAGGGCUUCAUCGUCAUCGACACGCCGCAGGACAUUCAGGUGCGCUACAACCACUUCAACACCCUCAGCAUCACCAUGGGCCAGCGGCUCCAGAACAAGGUGUGCGGCCUGUGUGGAAACUUCAACGGAGACCCCAACGACGACUACAUCACCUCCAGGGGCAAACCGGCCGUCAGCGCGCUGGAGCUGGCCCAGAGCUGGAAGACCAACGGCAUGCAGAACAGUUGUGACGAGACCCAGUACGUGGCUUUAGCCCAGUCCUGUGACAACACGGCCGUCCUGGCGCUGCAGGGCGAAGAGGCCUGUCAGAAGCUGACCCAGCUGAAGGGCUUCUUCCAGCCGUGCCACGGCCUGCUGGACCCGCAGCCCUUCUACCAGUCCUGCUACCUGGACGGCUGCUACAACCACCGCAAGGCGCAGGUCUGCGGCUCCCUAGCAGCCUACGCUGAGGCCUGCCGCUCCCUAGGAACCCUGACCACCAAGUGGAUCACCCAGGAGAACUGCUCAGAAUGGAUCUACGACCCGUGCGCCGGAGAAAUCUGCACAAACUUCACCUGCGAGUUGGAGAACGGCGGCGACCUGUGCGGCUGUCCGGAGCUGCCCACCAACCCUGCAGGUGAGGACGACAUCAUCCAAGCGGAGGUGAACUGCAAGCACGCCCAGAUGGAGGUCUCCAUCUCCAAGUGCAAGCUCUUCCAGCUGGGCUUCGAACGUGAAGACGUGAGGAUCAACGACGAGCGCUGCGCCGGCAUCGAGGGCGAGGAUUUCAUCUCCUUCCACAUCAACAACACCAAAGGCCACUGCGGCUCCAUCGUCCAGUCUAACGGCACGCACAUCAUGUACAAGAACACCGUCUGGAUCGAGAGCGUCAACAACACCGGCAACGUCAUCACCAGAGACAAAACCAUCAACGUGGAGUUUUCCUGCGCCUACGAGCUGGACCUGAAGAUCUCCCUGGAGACGGUCCUGAAGCCCAUGCUCAGCGUGAUCAACCUCACCCUGCCGACCCAGGAGGGAAACUUCAUCACCAAGAUGGCGCUGUACAAGAACUCGUCGUACCGCCACCCGUACCGGGAGGGCGAGGUGGUGCUGAGCACGCGGGACAUCCUGUUCGUGGGCGUGUUCGUGGAGGGGGCGGACGUCAACCAGCUCAUCCUCAUCGUGAACAUGUGCUGGGCCACGCCGUCGCGCUACAGCAGCGACAGACUGCGCUACAUCAUCAUAGAGAGGGGGUGUCCGAACACGAAGGACAACACCAUCGGGAUGGCGGAGAACGGCGUGUCCCUCACCUGCCGCUUCCACGUCACCGUCUUCAAGUUCAUCGGCGACUACGACGAGGUGCACCUGCACUGCGACGUGUCGCUGUGCGACUCGGACACCAACGCCUGCAAAGUGAACUGUCCACACAAGAGGAGGAUGUACUCAGAGGACAGCGAGCACAAGGAGCACAUCCUGUCAGUGGGACCCAUCAGGAGGAGAGAGUCCGACUGGUGUGAGGAAGACAACGGUGGCUGUGAGCAGAUCUGCACCAGUAAGGGAACUGGGCCCAUCUGCAGCUGUGUGACUGGGAUGCUGCAGCCUGAUGGGAAAAGCUGCCGCACUCUGAGCUCGUCCUGUAAGGUCGCCCCUGCUCUGCCUCUGCUGGGCGCCAGCGCCGUAAUCUCCAUCAUCCUCACCCACUUUAACUCCUUCAUCGUCUCCUAACAGCCACAGCAGCCAAACGCCAAACAGGAAAGACUUGAAGACGAGGCGGGGAUUUGAAUUUCUGGGUGCAGAUGUGAAAAUAGCUCUUUGUAGAACUCUGUAAAGCUUCUGUUCUUUAGAUUCACCAGGAUUUCUAAUUUAAAGUGUGUAGAGGUUGUUUUUUUUAAAUGUUUUUUUUUAAGUUUCUGAUUGUUUUCCUUUUUUAUGGAAGUAUUGUGUUAAUAAUAAUCACCACCAGAUGGCGCCAAAGAAGCAAACAUCUUCAAAUCUAAACAGUGGAAUUUGAGGUGGAUUAAAUGUGAAAGUCAGGGAGAGAUAGUGAUUAAAUUAUUAUAAACUACAUUUCUUGGUGAAAUAAAACAUGAUUGGAUAGUUUGACAGUCAGAACUGUAAGAAUAAAAUCUGAAACUGGCCUUUUUAAGUGUUACCUCUGGCAUAACAGCCGCAUCUACAAUAAACACUCAAUGAAUUGAGUCACAGAAU